UAGAAUCGAUUCCUUGUUAUUAAAACUUCUUCCAGGAUCCUCGUUUAGUGAAGUUAUGAAGCUAAUAUCAAAGAAAUUGCUUAGAGUAGAAAGUGAAGGGAAGUUAAGCCGAAUCAAACGGAGAAGUACAAGGGUUACAAUUGGCGACACACUCCAUCUUCCUUCAAAUCUUGAGCCAAAAAUAACUAAACUGUCUCACUUGGAUUGUUUUUCUCAAAAUGCACCACCCUCUCCCCGUUUAUUACAACAAUGUAUUUUGUAUUCCGAUAAAAAUAUUAUUGUCAUCAAUAAACCGUACGGUCUUUCUAUUAAAGAUUCUGGAAAGCAUUCUUUACGAUUAGAGGAUUAUUUGGAGAUUUUAAAAAUUUCAGAAACCGACGACUUGAGAAUUAUAAACCAUAUUGAUCAAUUUUCUACCGGAAUUGUAAUUCUUGCAAGGACUCCGGAUAUUGCGAAUCGACUGAAAUAUUAUGUUCGUUCUUCUUUGGAAACUUUAGAGUAUUGGGGAAUUGGAAUUGGAGUUCCAGCAAAGUCUUCUGCAAAACUGUCCACACCCGUUACUGUUUCGCUGGAUUCGUCGGGCAGGCAGUUUGUGAGGUGCAGGCCGGAAUUAAAAAAAAUUUCUCCGAAAAUGUACACGAACUGCUAUAGGUACACAUAUAACACGUGCUCUGAGUAUCAAGUAAUGGACUCUUUUAUGAAUAAACUUUCUUUACUCCGAAUGAGAAUAAUACUUCCUGCAAAGAAGGACACCCUUCCGGCGCACAUAGCUCAAUUGGCAAAAACACCACUUGUUGGCUGUACCAAUUAUAUGGAUCACUGCGCUGUAGAACUUCGAAGGGAUGCAGAGAAACUGCUUGGGAAGGUUGGUCGUGUUUGCCUUCACGCCAAAUCUAUUCUACUCUCGUUGGGAUACGCCAGUGUUCCUAUAGAAGCACCUCUUCCUGAACAUUUUCUUUCUGCUUGUAAAAAAGUCUCUUUUGACCGACUCACUAAAGAAGUCAUCUUCAAUCCACCUCCCAAGAAAAGAAAAACUAUCAUAUAAUUGGAGUGAAAUAGAUGACUUUCUGCAACUUCCUUUUACAAU